GUUCAUCUGGCAGCGAAAGGAUCAUCCGACAGUCCAUACAGACUUUGCUCUUACGAUGGCGGCAGCAAAAGGAAAACAGUGGGUGAUGCUUGUAGCUGGUUCAAACACAUGGGGCAAUUACCGGCAUCAGGCUGAUGUCUGUCACGCCUAUCAGAUAGUACAUCAGAAUGGGAUUCCUGAUGAUCAGAUCGUGGUGAUGAUGUAUGAUGACAUCGCUAAUAAUGAUCACAACCCUCGUCCUGGAGAAAUUAUCAACAAACCAAAUGGGCAGAAUGUGUAUCCAGGGGUUCCAAAAGAUUACACUGGAACGGAUGUGACACCUGAAAACUUCUUGGCCGCACUCAAGGGAGACAGGAAAAAUCAACAGAAAAAAGUCAUUACAAGUGGAAGUAAUGACACAAUAUUCAUCUACAUGGCAGAUCAUGGAGCUCCAGGCCUAUUUUGCUUUCCUAAAAGCAGCCUUUAUGCCCAUGAUCUCAUUGCAACCAUCAAGGAAAUGAGGAGAGAUAACAAGUUCUCAAAGAUGGUGAUAUAUAUGGAAUCCUGUUAUUCUGGAUCAAUGUUCAAGCAACUGCCAGAUGACAUUCAUUUGUACGCCGUGUCUGCAGCGAGAGCAGAUGAGAGCAGUUAUGCCUGUUAUAUGGAUAAUUAUAGAAAUGCCUAUCUCGCUGAUGAAUUCUCAGCUCUUUGGAUGAACUACACUGAAGCGAAUGACCUUAAAAAGAAAACAUUCCGGGAUCAAUUUAGUUAUAUUCAGGAAAUGAUGAAGUCGUCUCACUCCUGCUGUUUUGGGGACAUGACAACUGUUGAAGAUCCAAUCAGUGUGUUUUUGAGAAACACCCCUGGAGCCGUUCAGACGUCGACUAAAGCUCAGAAGCUUGAGUUGACUGAUUUGAUCCAUAGCCAUGAAGUUCAGUUCAAAAUCUUGGAGAACAUGAUUAGCAAAGAAAAUGAUCAAGUCAAGAAACAAGAUCUGAUCAGAAAACAUAAAGCUCUUCAUCAGACUAAAGCUAAAAUUGAAAGACAAGUUAAGUCUGUCAGGGAUCGCUUCUUUCCUGGCGGUGUUGCGGAUUUGUCUGGCGGACAUUUCACUGGCGGAGGUUCUAGAUCUGCAAUGGAUUUACUUGCACUGAAAACUGUAGCUGAACAUUUCAGGACAACCUGUUUUGACUGGCAUGAGGAAGAGUUUCAUAUCGCCUUGUCCCACAUGCAUGACAUUGCUCAUCUCUUAGAACAUGGAGUUAAAGCUGAGAGCAUUAUGAAGGCCAUAACAGAAGUCUCCAGUGAAGGCACCAGUGUGUAAUCCCUCUAAUAUAAUCCUUAUGAGAAAAUUAUAAAAGUUGCUCAUCAAAAAAACAUAUGGUUAAAAUUAAAGUAUGAGUGUGACAGACGUAUUUAGUUUGAUGUACGGAUUUCUUUUUAUUAAACGUUAAAUUUAAUAAAUUUUUAAAUAUGAGAUCUUUUACAUUUUUUGUGUAACAAUUUGCCUAAUGUGUCCAAUGAGUAAUCCUCAUCAACAUAUUUCUAGGACACGGUAUGUUUAAUUCAAUUAUGUUUGUAUGUUUACAAUAAACAAUGUUCUGAUGUUGUUUACAGAAUAAAAUUAUAUAAAUUA